AUGGAUCCCACCACCCGGAAGAUCUAUCAUGUACAUGGAUACGAUUCCAGACAACACCUGGAGGAUUACCUGUCCAAUAAAUCUGAUAUGGUCUUUGGAGAGGAUUUCUUAAAAUUUCCUAUUGAAAAUCUUGCAAAAACCUUCACACAGGGUCACAUUAAUGGAGAUGUCCUUGUUGACCUCAGCGCUGGCUCCUUUGUUCAUCAACUCUAUGCCGCCUGUGAGUUUUUCCAACACAUCAUAGUCUUGAAGGUCAGUGACAGAUGCAUCAUGGAGCUGAAGAGAUGGCUGGACUCACGGACAGGAGCAUUCGAUUGGGGACAUGCCACAAAACUUCAUGGAGAGAUACAAGGGAACAGUGACCAGUUUCCGGACACAGAAGGAAAAGUGAGAUCUACAAUUCCGCAUGUGAUGAAAUUUGACCUUGAGAAGGAAAAUAUGACAGAUCCGAUAGUCUUACCACCAGCAGAUUGUAUCAUCAGUGUUGUGCUCCUAGAUAGUAUCUGUAAAGACCAAGAUGAUUACAGGAGAUAUCUCAGGAAGUUCUCAAGGAUGCUGAAACCUGGAGGACACAUCAUGUUAAUCGGGGCUUUAGGUAUUACAUAUUUUACAGUCGGGAAAGACAAGCUCCAUGCCUUCACGUAUGAUGAGGAUUUUGCCAGGAAAGCUUUAGUUGGAGAAGGAUUUGUUAUAGAUUACUGUAAGGUUCAGAAGAGAACGAAUGUCAGUGACCUUAUGGACUAUAAGGCCAUGAUAUUCAUUGCAGCUCACAAGGAGAAGUAGAUUAAGUAAAAAAAAAAAUUACAACCUAAGUCAGUGUGUGAAGAGUUAAUAUGUAAUGCUAUAAACAGCUUUAGAGGAUAUUUAACAUAAGAGCUCUAGAUUAUAUAGUAUAAAGAUAUUGGCACUGGGAGCCCCUAUAAUUAUGAUAUCAUAUUGUA